AUGCCUAUUGAAAUAGAAUCACCUGAACAAAUGGGUUACGAAAAUUUAAAAUUUAAUUUAACUGAAAGUUCAGUAACAGACAUGAAACUUGGCGAUUUAAAUAUCAAUUUACAGGAACUUAUUAUCGCUUAUGGAGACCAUAUUGGCCAUCAAAAGCUACGCGAAUUAAUUGCCAAAGAUGCCGGUGUACACGUAGAUGAUGUUUUACUUACAACAGGUGCAGCAGCUGCUCUAUUUAUUGUUUCAACUAGUUUACUCGGGAAAAAUGAUCGAAUACUAGUUGAACGUCCUAACUAUGCUACAAAUAUUGAAACACCACGUGCUAUUGGCGCGCAUAUUGAUUUUAUUGAAUUAGAAUUCGAAAAUGGAUUUUGUUUAUCAACUGAAGCAAUAGAAACACAAGUUAAGUCCAAUGAAACAAAACUAUUGAGUAUAACUGUACCUAAUAAUCCAACAGGCACUGUUAUAUCACGUACUGAUCUCGAUAAAAUUGUUGCACUUACGAAAGAUAAAGGCAUAAGUCUACUUGUUGAUGAAACCUAUCGUGAUAUGACAUUUAAAAAUCGAUUACCUGUCGCAGCUUCUCUUGGAUCACAUGUUAUAUCUGUUUCGUCCCUAUCAAAAACAUAUGGUCUACCAGGAAUUCGAAUCGGAUGGUUAAUUUGUCAAGAUAGAAGACUGAUGAGAAAAUUCUUAGCCGCUAAAGAACAAAUUAUGAUUUGUGGUUCUGUUGUUGAUGAAGAAAUUGCUUAUCAGUAUAUGUUAAAUCGUGAGAAGCACUUAUCAGUUAUUCUAGAAGAAAUACAAGUUCGAUUUAAUAUUAUGAAACAAUGGAUAAAUGAACCAAAUCAAUAUCUCGAAUGGGUAGAACCACAAGGCGGUGUUGUAUGUUUUCCGAGAAUAAAAGUCGAUAUAGAUCCGGAAGAAUUCUACAAUGUACUAAAUAAUACAUUUAAAACAUUUGUUGGGCCAGGACAUUGGUUUGAAAUGAACAAAAAAUUCAUGCGAAUUGGCUACGGCUGGCCAUCAACACAUGAUGAACUCAUACAAGGACUGAAAAAUAUCACAUCUGCUAUUGACGUUUGCUUGGAAAAGAAGGAAGUAUAG